CACCCCUGAGGCUGAGAGCUCUCCUAAGGAUGGUCUAGGAAUGGGCACCCUGGGGGGCCCUGCAGAGAAGAACCGGAAGCUGCAGAAGAAUCCAAAGACAGGGCAUGAAUUACUGGAGGAGGCUCGCAUGCAGGGCCUGCCGUUCGCCCAGUGGGACGGACCGACUGUCGUGGUUUGGCUCGAGCUGUGGGUGGGAAUGCCGGCCUGGUACGUGGCUGCGUGCCGCGCCAACGUGAAGAGCGGAGCCAUAAUGUCAGCGCUGUCGGACACGGAGAUCCAGCGGGAGAUUGGAAUCAGCAACCCGCUACAUCGUCUGAAACUCCGCCUGGCCAUCCAGGAAAUCAUGUCUCUCACCAGCCCCUCUGCCCCGCCCACGUCACGAACGACCACAGGAAAUGUUUGGGUCACUCACGAAGAAAUGGAAACUUUGGCAGCCACACCUCCCACGACGUUGGCGUACGGUGAAAUGAACCACGAGUGGAUCGGUAACGAGUGGCUGCCGAGCCUCGGCCUCCCCCAGUAUCGUUCCUACUUCAUGGAGUCCCUGGUGGACGCCCGCAUGCUCGACCACCUCACAAAGAAGGACCUCAGGGGACAGCUCAAGAUGGUGGACAGCUUCCACAGGAACAGUUUUCAGUGCGGAGUGAUGUGUCUGAGGAGGCUCAACUACGACAGGAAGGAGCUGGAGAGGAGGCGAGACGAGUGUCAGCUGGAGCUCACAGACGUGCUGGUGUGGAGCAACGAGCGUCUGAUCGGCUGGGUUCAGGCCAUCGGACUGAAAGAGUACAGCAGUAACCUGUACGAGAGCGGAGUCCACGGGGCGCUGCUCGCUCUGGACGAGACCUUCGAUCACAACACCCUGGCCCUGCUGCUGCAGAUCCCCACGCAGAACACACAGGCCAGAGCGACUCUUGAGCGUGAAUACAACAGUCUGUUGGCCAACGGCACAGACAGGAGAAUGGAAGAGGACGACGAUAAGAACUUCCGCCGCGCUCCGUCGUGGAGGAAGAAGUUCCGGCCCAAAGACAUGAGGGGGAUGUCCCUGGGUGCGUCAGACACGCUCCCCGCCAACUUCCGGGUGACCAGCAGCGGUUCCUCAUCUCCCUCCACACAACCAAAGAGGAGCCCGAUGGACGGAAGUCAGUCUAUACAGAGGCUGGACACUGGCACAGUCAGGACCUACUCUUGUUAACACACAACGUUUAUCCUCAUUAUUUCUAUAGGUAACCGCUGGUCAGAGGAGGAGGGGGAGUUCCCUGCGUUCAAGACCAGGAUGAUGAACUGAAUUUGCUUUCAAAGACACUAAAAACAUGUUUUGUUGUCGUCACAGAAAAAGACCUUUACUCACCAAUCUCCGUGUCCCUAGAGGAAACGUUUUAGAUUUAUCUACAUUUGUUAUAUUUAUGUAAACCGAUGGGACAUUUAAUUGAUUUUAGAAAUGAGUGUAAUCCUUUUAUCCUCUUAAUCAACCCACUUUUUAAAAGUAAACCUUUCUCCACUGUGCCCAUAUUAAGCUCCGCUCUCAGAUGUAUGUGACUGAAUGUUUCUACUGUCUGGAGUUUGUAUAUUUCUACCAACAGACAUUUUAUCUAAUCUUUUUUAUAAUCCUGAUUCUAUUGACCAGAUGUACGUUUUUUUUUUUUUGUUUCCUCUUUUGAUUUGAAUUCUAAUCAUUGAAUUUAUGCUUAAGUGACUUUGAUAUGUGAUAUAACUUAAUUCAUAUCCUUUGCCCUUUUUAACUGUUGUAUUUCUUUGUAGCUUAUUACCUGUGACUUUGUGUAAAUGCAGCUCUUAGGUCAAGGGAAGUGUGAAUAUCAGACAAACUGCUGGAGUCGUCGGACAGUUUCACAAACUUCUCAACACUGUGAGUCGUCCGUCACCUGUAGAGUAACUGCUGGCACGCCGGGUGAUGGCGGCUGCACAUAUCAUGUGAAACACACACACACACAGUAUAUUUUCCUUUUUCCUCUUCUUUGUUUUUUUUCAUAUCUGCGAAACCAAAAUGAAACUCUUGAAUUUAAGAAUUAAAGCCAUAUAUCAGCAGCGGGGGUGGGAGGGGGGGAGAAACAGGGCUACCUUCAGAUGCAAGUGAAACAGAAUUCCAGGUUCUCUCUCGUCGACCUUGCAUGAAGAAACUCCUCCACUAAACCCCACCCAGCCCCCCAUACACCCCCGUCUGUCCCUUUAAACGAAACGAACCUCCCUCACCUCUGGAGAAACAGUCGGACUCACUCACACAUACGACGAGUCCCGAGUGGAAACUCCUUCGAUGGACCAACUUCACCGAGGCCUCAGUGGAUCCUCGCUGUGACGAGAUCACCAUCCACCUAGAAACACCCCCUUUUUUUAAAUCACGCUCUGUAUGAAGAUUUCAUAUCAAGCCUUAUUGUUUCUGAACUCAUCUGUCGUCUGCUCUUAUUUAUUACUCGUCACCGUUCAGAGCUAAAGCCCCCGUUUGUUCUCCACGUCUUAGUUUGUCCACCCUCACAACACAGGUUCCGCCGCGAACGAGACGGAACCGAAGAGUUUCCUGUUCCUUCUCACACUUGAUGUAGUUCAGGCUUCGAGUAGAGACACUUCUGUUUGUGGUGUAGUCACGUAGGCACAAUGCAAAUCAUAUUGCUGUUGUUUUAUUCCCGCUCCUCCACCUGUUGAAUUUUCUGAUCUUGUAACUAUGAUGUACAGUCUGAGUACUUAUAAACUAUUUUUAUCACAGUAUUAUUUAUUGCUUACUUUCAAUAAAAUACUGAAACUUAUUUUCCACUGCAGAUUCAAAGGCUGACGCUUCUCUUUUCAGCAUCCGUGUGUUUCACAUGUAAAUUGUGGGAUUAGUCGGCAGCAGCGAACUGGUCUCAGUUUUUCUUGUAUGAAUGAAAUUUGCUGUUAAACAAAUACUUGGAAUCAAUUUCCAAUUUAAUAAAUGUAUACAUGAGUUUAAA